ACUUGAAAGCACGCGAGUGAGGGUUUCAUUUUUCAUUUUCCCUCUGCUCCUCACUCUUCACACGCCGCUCUCUCUCUCUCUCUCCCGGACCUUCCGCCUCCGCCCACCACCAUCCACUUCCGGCAACGAGCGCCACCCGCGCACUACCAUCGGCAAUGCCCACCCACCGAAUCAGCUCGAAAUCCGGCGACGACGCCCACCGAACUCCACGAGCGGAUCGUCAACGCCCACGAUCCAAGAUCCGGCCGGCCGAACGCCACCCACGGCACCAGAUCAGAGGAUUGUUUUGUCAAGAUCCGUUUUUUGCAGCUGAUUUGGUGAUUGGAAUUUGGAAAUGGGAUUUUUUCAUGGUUUUACUGUUCUUAUACCAUUCUUUUCGAUUGUAAUAUCUAACAUGGUUUAAGAGAUCUUGAUAGUGCCUUUUGUGUUUGAUUUGUAAAGAGGGAUGCUAUUUUGAGGUUAUUCAAGGUUUAGAUGCUUGGAUUUUUCAAGUCUGAAUUUUUAACGAGCUUGUGGGUCUAGUUUCGAUUAUAAUAUCUAACAUGUGUCGUGUUUUGCUCCCCUGCUUCGGUUUUGCUUCACUCAAUAGUUCGGAAAAUUUUAUUCCCUUUGAUUUUCGGUUGUUGGUUGAGAAUGUGUAAAUUUUCUUGGCUUAUUUUCUGGUAACCACCGAAUGUGGUGAUGUGUGAACUGUGAAAUUUGCUGAGCUUCUCCCGAAUGGAUAUUUGGUCUUCAAAAAAAAAAAACCUUUUGGGCCGUCUCCGUUAGCAUGAGAUGCGACCCAUUGAAGCCCGCCCAUGAGUCUCCGUAGCAAGCGGGUAGGUGCCGCUCGGAAAUAGCCCGUACUCAACCGAGACGGCAAUGGCGUUGGAUUUAGCAGCCAAUGAGGCGACCAGCUUGUGAAACUCUGAAGAGAAGGCGGACUGAAACGGCAAUGGCGUUGGCGUUGGAUUUCGCCGGCUCUCUCGCCCUUGUUCAUCCCUCUCCUCUUGCUCCGCUUCGUCUUCUGCCCCGAAACGGCACCGUUUGAUUCCUGAUUGCAGCAGCAGACGAUCCUUACUCCGCCAGAGAUUGGCGUCGUCCGCCUCUUCGCUUAACUUCAGAAGAAGCUUAUCCGCUCUCUCCCCGCGCUGUCGCCACUCCCCCGCUCACUCUUCCUCAGAGUUUGCAGGGGUGCAGGAUGAGGUUGCGGAGAAGCUCGGGUUCGAGAAAGUGUCCAAACAGUUCCGAAAGCUGUGCCUUUCACACACAGGAAGACCGGUGCGGAGGUCAUGUCGGUGUCGAACGACGAUGAGAACAAGGUCUACGGCAUUGUGUUACGCACGCCUCCGUGAGUGCUCUUUUUGUUCUUUUUUAUUUUAUUUUUUGAAAUUUGCUUAGUGAAGCCUGUAAGUAAUAACUUAAUUGAGUUUUGCAUAUAGCAAAUUAUCGGCUGCCUGGUAAAUUUGAAUAAGUGGAGGUGAUUGAGUCAGUUGUCAAAUAUGUAAUACUCAGAAACAUUCAACCGAAUGUUAAGAGUGCGUUUGGCAUUUCUACAGUAGUGUUAGUGAGGAAAAUCACACUCUUUUGAACUUUGGCGCAAAUUACUCUCGUUUGUAUGUAAUUUAUACUGCAGAAAAUAACUGAGCUUAUCGUUGGGUUCUUGGAUCAUCUUAUGUUGGGAACUCCUGCUUCUCCAUUAGGGAAAAUCUUGCUGACAUUGAAAAUAACGAAGAUAUAAUUAGUACAGAAGAUCACGUGUAGACAGCAACUGAAAACUUUUAGGCCAAAAUGAAUUAGAGACUACCUGCAUUUCUAUAGUAACUCGAUGAGGAUUGUAAUUUGUACAAGAUGAAUUUCUCUAUUAUAGGGGAAAAAACAGCUUUAGAGCCUUCCUCUGCUAUUCUGGCUUUAAUUAAGGGUUUCUCAUACUUCAAUGGCUCAAAGGGGUCCAUGUCAUAUCCAUUUACCCUAUAAAACAAAAGGCAAAGUACACAAGUAAAUAUAAAUAAAAUAAGAGAAGGAUGCCAGGUUUGUAAAGCAACAAAAAGCGGGAUAUAUCUUACAAUGGACUGAAGCACCAGCGACAAGCCACGAGGAAAUGAUCCAGUGUUGUUUUCCUUGAGAGAAAGUGGCUUAGGAGAUGCCAUGAAUACAAUUGAGUUUUCUCUCAGGGAAAACGACAUUGGAUCAUUUCCUCGUGGCUUGUCGCUGAUGCUUCGGUCCAUUGUAAGAUAUACCCCGCUUUUUGUUGCUUUACAAACCUGGCAUCCUUCUCUUAUUUUAUUUAUAUUUACUUGUGUACUUUGCCUUUUGUUUUAUAGGGUAAAUGGAUAUGCCAUGGACCCCGUUGAGCCAUUGAAGUAUGAGAAACCCUUAAUUAAAGCCAGAAUAGAAAAAUUCAUCUUGAACAAUCCUCAUCUAGUUACUAUAGAAAUGCAGCCUGAUCCAAAGAAAGAUUCUCGUGAUGAAGAAGCUGAGAAAGAAAUUAAGCUUUUUCUGAAGUUAAGCGAAGAGGUGGACGAUGCCAAUCUCUGGCGGAGUAAGGAUCGUCUGCUGCUGCGAUCGGGAAUCAAACGGUGCCGUUUCGGGGUGGAAGACGAGGCGGAGCAAGAGGAGAGGGAUGAACAAGGGCGAGAGAGCCGGCGAGUGGAGCGGAAGAAGUAUUUGUUGCAGGCGAGAGAGCGAAGAGGGAAGUAAAAACCAAAAAGAAAAAGAAAAUAUGCAUUAUCUUUAUGAUUUUAUCAGCUCUUACGGUGAAUUUGAAUUUAAAUUUUAUUGUAUAAAUAUGCAUUAUUAAGCGGAUGCAUGGUUUAUUUUCUUUGAAAUAUUUGAAUGCAAGACUUUUUUAAUUAGAAUAAUUUGGAUCAAUUAUAAAAGGUAUAAUUUCUUCUUUUUUUUAUUA